AUGAUGAACUUCCCAAUUAUCAGCUUGGAGAGACUCAAUGGUGAGGAGAGAAAAGAUACCAUGGAAAAAAUAAAAGAUGCUUGUGAGAAUUGGGGAUUCUUUGAGUUGGUGAAUCAUGGCAUACCUCAUGACCUAAUGGACACGUUGGAGAGGUUGACCAAAGAGCACUAUAGGAAAUGCAUGGAGCAGAGGUUUAGGGAAUUUGUAUCAUGCAGAGGCCUAGAUGCUGUCCAAACUGAGGUCAAGGAUAUGGAUUGGGAAAGCACCUUCCAUGUUCGCCACCUCCCCGAAACAAACAUUUCAGAGGUCCCUGAUCUCAGUGAUGAAUACAGGAAGGUGAUGAAGGAAUUUGCUUUUAGGUUAGAGAAACUAGCCGAAGAGCUUUUGGACUUGUUAUGUGAGAAUCUAGGACUAGAGAAAGGGUACCUCAAAAAGGCUUUCUAUGGAUCAAAAGGACCAACUUUUGGAACCAAGGUAGCCAACUAUCCUCAGUGCCCCAAUCCGGAGCUGGUGAAGGGUCUUCGGGCUCACACCGAUGCUGGUGGGAUCAUCCUUCUCUUCCAGGAUGACAAGGUCAGUGGCCUACAGCUUCUCAAAGACGGCGAGUGGAUUGAUGUUCCCCCAAUGCGCCACUCCAUUGUUGUCAACCUCGGUGACCAACUUGAGGUUAUAACAAAUGGCAAGUACAAGAGUGUGGAGCACCGUGUGAUAGCACAAACCAAUGGAACAAGAAUGUCCAUAGCCUCAUUCUACAACCCUGGCUCUGAUGCUGUAAUCUACCCUGCUCCAAAGUUGUUGGAAAAAGAAACAGAGGAAAAAAACAAUCUAUACCCAAAAUUUGUGUUUGAGGAGUACAUGAAGAUCUAUGCUGGUUUGAAAUUCCAUGCUAAGGAACCAAGAUUUGAAGCAUUGAAAGGAUCAAAUGAAAAUUUGGGUCCAAUUGCAAUUAUUUAA